AUGGAGACGGGGGAGUACGUCCAGGGUAGCGUCUACUUCUACGCCCCUAACAAGGGCGCCCCGGUGUUCUUCGCCGUGGCAUUUGCCGCAUCUGGGAUCUGUCACACAUACCAAUGCAUCCGUUACAACAGCUGGCGCCUCACCGGUCUCUACGUCUUCUGCUCCGUUCUCUUCACUGCAGGCUUCGUAGUCCGCGAGAUGGGCGCCUUUGACUAUUCCGAUCUUAUCAAGUUUAUCAUCAGCACCUGCCUGGUCUACGGCGCGCCCCCGCUCAUCGAGCUAGCAAACUACAACAUCCUCGGCCGCAUCCUCUACUACGCGCCAUACCACUCACCCAUCCACCCAGGCCGCGUAAUCACCACCUUCGCCUUCAUUUCAUUCAUCAUCGAAUCACUCAACGGCGCCGGCGUGGCCCACAGCGCCAACAUGUCCCUUCCCGCCCAUGUCCAGGAGAUCGGCCGGUCCCUGCUCAAAGCCGCGCUUGUCAUCCAGCUGGCGGUCCUGGCCUGCUUCGUCCUCCUCGCCGCGACCUUCCACCGGCGAUGCCUCCGCGGGGGGCUGCGCAAUCCCAACCUGCUCGCCUCGCUCUACACGCUGUACAUCUCCACCUUUUUGCUCAGCGUGCGCACGGUAUUCCGCGUCGCCGAGUACUGGAGCAUCGCUCAGCACGAUUUUUAUAAGCCGGGUGGGAUUGACGUGGACGAGCUGUCGCCCGCGAUCCGGUACGAGUGGUUCUUUUGGGUGUUUGAGGCAACCCUGAUGCUGGUCAACCAUGUCUUGAUGAAUGUACGGCAUCCGAGGAGGUAUCUGCCCAAGAGCGCCAAGACGUACCUUUCCCGGGAGGAUGGGGCGACGGAGAUCAUGGGGCCCGGGUAUAAGGACGGACGGCCGUUUUGGGUGACGGUGAUUGAUCCGUUUGAUUUGGCGGGGUUGGUUAGGAGGAGGGAUAAGGAGGAUCGGUUCUGGGAGGUGGAGGGGGAGGGGAAGGGUAGGGCGGCGGAGGGGCAGGUGUAG